AUGGCAGCGAAACUAUGCUCAAAACGAUAUCAAGAACAAACUUCCGUAAAGCAAUGGCUUAUCGAUAACCAAUUCGCCCCUCUGCUGAUCGCGCAAUACAACAGUCUUACACGUACCCUCACCGCCAAGCUCACGUCGCUCUCGUACCGAGACGAGUUCACGGGGGAGUACAAUGUCGGAUUCGAUGACAAUUAUUUCGUGGUCGUUCUGAUCGCGGUGUUGACGGGUCUGCGGGAUGCUACUAUGCGGUUCGUUCUGGACCCGUUGGCGGCCGCCUGGGGACUGGGGAGGGCUAGAUCCAUGCGGUUCAAGGAACAGGCUUGGAUGGUGGUUUACUAUGCCACUUCCUGGUCUGUUGGUACGUACAUCUAUGCAUCGUCGUCGUAUUGGUUAGAUCUUGAGGCUAUGUGGACGAAAUGGCCGAAUCGCGAAAUAUCCAGCCUCAUGAAGAUUUACAUGCUGGCACAAUUGGCUUUCUGGCUUCAGCAAAUGGUUGUCAUCAACAUUGAGAAGCGGCGCAAGGAUCACUGGCAGAUGCUCUCUCAUCACGUCGUUACAAUUGCUCUGGUGUACUGCUCGUAUCGAUAUGGCCUCACCCCCGUCGGCAAUGUUGUUCUGAUCCUCAUGGACUUCAACGACUUAGUUUUCUCCAUCGCGAAGUGCCUGAAGUACAUGAAGCUACAGUCUUUGUGCGACUUCAUGUUCGGCGCGUUCGUUGUAAGCUGGGUGCUGUGCCGCCACAUUGCGUUCCCGAUGGUAUGCUGGUCUGUUUACGCGCAUGCUUGGGCUCCCACGCGGAGCUGCUUCAUUGGCUCAGGCGAGAACAUCAUUGGUCCUCUGGAGGUUCCGGCAAACGGCUACUUCUAUGUGCUUGAGCCAUUGAUCUACACCAAUGGGAGAGUAUGCUACGACUACAUUAUCAAAAUGCUAUUCACGAGCGGACUUCUGUUUCUGGAGGCACUCAUGCUUGUGUGGUUUGUCAUGAUUGUCAAAUUGGUCAUUCGGGUGUUGCGUGGUGGAAAUGCAGAAGAUACGCGCAGCGAUAAUGAAGAAGAGGAACUCGAGGAGGAUCUACCGAUCAAGGUCGAGGUUGAUGCCGAGGUACUCCAAUUCCCGAAGAAAUGUCCAUCGGGAGGGAGAGGUACAUCUUCUGUCUUUCAAUCGGCGAGGGGAAUGGCUAUUUCAAAGGAUAAAAAAGGCUGUCUGGAUAGAAUCGGGUGCGAACAGAGGAUAUCACGAUAA